GAUUGGAGACUUGAGGCACUCUCGGGACUGAGUUGGCCUCAACAACGAAUGGCCCUGCCUCAAGCUUCGCUUCGGCGUUUGGGUGCCGUCGGCCAACGGCAACUCGGAGGUCUGCGAGUUCCUCUCCGCCCGCAAUUGCUUCACCUCGGGAGAUUUCAGGUCUGCACUCGUCUUACACACAGUGCUGCUCAGUCCAAGGCUGCUGAGGGUGUAACACCCGACCAAAAGGCGGUCGGACAGCAGUUGCGAGAAGAAUGGUCUAGAUAUAAUUCGUUCCCGAAGCCGUCCGGCGCGCGGGACUUUAAGGAGGGUCAGACCGUCACGGUCCACGGCUUCCUCGCAAGAAAACGGAUAAAGUCGUCCAAGCUCGCAUUCGCAGAUAUUCAGAUUGACAAUGGGCCUGCCGUCCAAAUCACCUCGAGUUUCCAAGAGCCCGACAGCCCGGGCCAUGCGGCAAACCAGGCCCUCCGGAGCAUCGCCCUCUACAGCCCAGUCUCGGUCACGGGCACCGUUGCCCGACUACACUUCGACACACAAACUGGGCAAGCACAGUCCCCUUGUGUAGAUCACGAGAAUGCGUCUUCGAGACCCGGCAGUUUUCCGGAGCACGUCUUCCGUAUCGACCUUGACCUACAAUCCAUCCAGCCCCUGAACGUCUUCCCCAAGGACAUCAUCGUCUCCAAGGGUGUCCAGUUUCCUCCCUCGGCUCGCCAUCUCCAAGUCCGGUUCUCGGACCCCCUGCGCACCCGUCUGCUCGUUCGGCCGCAAAUAGCGUUCCGGCUGAGGCAGUCUCUGAACGACCUUGCCUUCACCGAGGUCGAAACUCCCGUUCUGUUCAAGUCCACGCCUGAGGGGGCGAGGGAAUUCCUGGUUCCGACAAGGCGCCCUGGUCUAGCAUACGCUCUGCCACAGAGCCCCCAACAAUACAAGCAGAUGCUCAUGGCCAGCGGCAUCAGAGGUUACUACCAAUUUGCUCGCUGUUUUCGAGACGAAGAUCUGCGGGCAGACAGGCAACCCGAGUUCACACAGCUGGACCUAGAAAUGUCGUUCGCCACGGGCGAAGAUGUCAUGCGAACGGUCGAGUCGAUCAUUUCUGACCUGGCCGUCUUCCUGGACUCGGACUUCUGUGUCGUGGAUGAAGGCGAGGAGACAUACCUCGCGCCGAGAAAGAGUUUGAAGGCAAAGAACCGAGAGGAUUCCGCUCCGGGCUCGCGGUACAUGAUGCCGCCGUUCCCCCGUAUGUCUUACGAAGAGGUCAUGACGAGGUUCGGCAUAGACAAGCCCGACUUGAGAAUUCCAUUUGAGCUUCACCGGGUUGAUCACAUCCUGCCCCGGUCGUUUGUUUCCAUGAUCACCCAUCUCGAAAACCCGAUUGUGGAGGGCUUCAGAUUCCGCCCCAGCUCCGGAGAAGGAAGCGAGGUUUCCAUGUCUGGUUUCGUGGACGAAUUGAUGAGGACCCUACCCCCGGCCCUUGCCCAGAAUCCGGACGGGGCACCGGUCGCACUCGUCGUCGACUCUUCGAAGCCGCUCCGGGGCCUCUCACCUCUCGGGUUUGAAGGCGCCGGUGCUCUGGAGAGCGGCGAGGCUCCCGGCUUUGGCGAUCUGGAGGACGGCGACGUGGUUGUCUUCCAGGCUCGCCAAGACAAGUCAUUCCAGGGUGGUUCCACCGCUCUGGGCACGUUCAGGAAUCUGGUAUACCAGGCGGCCGUGUCCAAGGGCCUGCUUCCCAAGGACCGAAGUUUCAAGUUCCUAUGGGUCACCAACUUCCCCAUGUUCACGCCCGACAACGAGACAGACCCCGGUCAGGGCGGACAGGCCGGUUUCUCGGCGACCCAUCACCCGUUCACUGCGCCGCUGACGGACGAGGACGUCGAGCUGCUCGCGACCGACCCCCUGAAGGCGAGGGCUGACCACUACGACCUUGUCGUCAACGGGGUCGAGCUGGGUGGGGGGAGUCGACGUAUCCACGUGGCCAGGAUGCAGGAGUACGUCAUGAGGGAGAUUCUCAAGAUGACCGACGCGGGCGUCGCUCAGUUCUCCCACCUCCUCGAGGCUCUGCGUGCUGGUUGUCCGCCCCACGCGGGAUUCGCCCUCGGGUUCGACCGUCUUGUCGCGGUUCUUACCUACACCGACUCGGUCCGCGACGUCAUCGCGUUCCCCAAGUCGAUGAAGGGCGAGGAUUUGACCGUCAAGAGUCCCGGUCGUGUCACCAAGGAGCAGCUCGAAACCUACCAUUUGACCACCUUCCCCGGAAAGAACUGAGGGUAGGCUCCUCCAAGGGCGACCUCGCCGUGUAUUAUUCACACAUGUAUAAAACAAAAGAAGCGGGUGUGUAUGCACCGUAUGAUACUCUGUUGUACGAAGUUGCGGGUGGGAUAGACGGGAGCAUCUUGGCCAGCAAAAUACCAUGUACUACUACUAUUAUUACGGCUCCAUAUUGUACUCUCUCGCAUCCUUUUUAUUUAUUAACCUGCCGCUGCUCCAAGAAAAUAUUCACCCUCUCCCCAUGGUUCUCCGCCAC